ACUUUUAUAAGUAAGAUAACACAAUUUGUGCAAGCCUUCCACGCAACUCGUUUGAUUUGGAUACGUCAUUGAAUUUUAACAUUAAACGAUUGAAGCGUGUUAUUGUCUUUUAUUUAAUAUCCGCAACUAGAAUUUAAUUUCACUAGUAGAGGUUUACGUACAUGUUUGGUCUGGCAUAAAAAUUAGUUGUGAUGUAAAUCAGAAAAAAUAUUGCGAUGAUCACCCAAAAUGUUGGAAUGGGAUGCAUAAUUAUUGUGAUAUAUUCCACACAGAUACAAGCAUCUGUCAGGAGAAUGGCGGAAGAGGGAGUUUCUAACUACAAUUGCUUUCGACUGAAUUCGUGUGAGUCCCACGGGCAAGCUGUGUGUGGUUACGAUGAAGAAGACGCGACCAUUGCAAAGUUUGAGAACGAGUGUGCACUGUUCAAGAUCAACUGCGAAGAGAGAGGGCAAAAAUUAUUUAAAAUAGUCGACGAUAGUAUCUGCGAGAAGAAGGUAAUCCCGGUGACUACAAUUCCCACAACCAUUGCCUCUCCCACCAUCGAUUACUAUUACGAUCUUCGUCCGGACACCGAGCCAGACACCAUCAGCACGCACUACUGGCAAGAUUCUCUCAUGCUGGGCGAACGUGUCCACCCAAAAUUUAACGAGGAAGGGAGAAUGUUACGAGAGGAAAAGAAAACUGAUAAAUAUUAUUUUCCAGAUUUGACGACUUUAGUUCUACGCCACUAAUCUUAGCAAAUAAAUAUUGUCCACUAUAAUGUUAGCUUGUGAGGCACAACAAGUUCGAGGACUUUAUUUGUGAUGUUAUCUAUGAAAAGGGACCUUAUUGUCGUUGGCGCUUACGCCAUUAUUAAUGAUGCUCCGAUAUAAAUACAAUGCCGCGCGACGCUGUGUGGCGUAAGCGCCAUCGACAAUAAGGUCCCUUUUCAUAGAUAAUGCCCCAUUUAUGCAGCGUCCAGCUCCUUUCCAUCAGGAAGGUACACUCACGGAGUUUAAUUGUUGAGCCAGUUAGGGUUUACUUUACAUUGGACAUUUCAUACCGUUGGUAUUAACAACAAAAUUAGAUUGAACCUUAGUUUGGCUAACAAUUAAAGUCUAUGACAGUA